AAAUUCCAAAAAAAAACAAAGAAAAGAGAGAGAAUAAACUGAGGCUGUGAUGCAUCUGACCAACCACGAUUUGACAAUCAGCAGCAGCAAGGCUCCAACAAAUUGAGAAAAAAAUUGCAAGAAAUUUCGUUCGAUUCAUUGCCUACUUGAAUUCAGAAUUCCCAAUUUGACAGUUACUGAGCUGAGCGUCAGUAGCUCUUCUUCUUCUUCCUCCUCCGACCAGCCAGCUAGCCGCCACUCCAAGAUCCAAAUCUCGCAGAGCUCAGCUCAGCCAUGUGCUGCUGCUGCUGCGAGUGCGGGUGCUACGAGUGCUACGACGCGUGCUGCGACCGCUGCUGCUGCGGCUGCGUCUCCUACGACACCCGGGAGACCAUCUUCUACUGCGCCGUCUGCCUCCUCCUCGUCGCCGCCGUCGUCCUCCUCGCCGUCCUCCUCGCCGCCUACGGCUUCAUCCGCCACGUCUCCAUCACCGUCGAGUCCGCGUCCCUCACGCGGUUCAACCUCUCCUCCCCGUCGGAGGCCACCGCUCUCGCCUACAACCUCUCGCUCACGCUCGCCGUCCGCAACAAGAACUGGGCCAUGAGCAUCAAGAACACCAAGGACCUGGAGGCCGGGUACAGCUUCGACGGGCAGCGGUUCGAGCGCGUCAAGCUCGCCGGCGAGGGGGAGAAGCACCCGGCGGGGAAGACGCGGGUGUACCACCUCGACUCCAGCAGCGACAACGCAUACGCGGCGCUCGGGAACGCCGGCGUCGCCGAGUUCAAGAAGGAGAACGCGACGGGGGUGUUCGAGGUGGAGGUGGCGGUCACCGGCGAGGUCAGGUACCAGGCGCACUACACCAAGUGCAAGCUCGCCGCGACGUGCCCGCUCAAGCUGCAGCUCGCGCCGCCGGGCACGCCGGCGGUGGUGUUCCAGAAGGUCAAGUGCAAGCUCGCCGCCGCCGACAAGAACUGCUAGCGCGUCGCCAUGGCUGUGCCUAAGCUUUGCUAGUGAUUAUUUAUGCGAUUGGUUUGUUUGUUCCUCUGGUUCAGUUUGUGAUUCAAUUCCUCUCGGGAUUUGUGGUGGAUUUGAAGGAAUUGCACUAUUGCGGUGUUUGAUUCAAUUCAAUUCAAUUCUCUGAUGAUUGUGGAAGGGGAAUUUCUCCUCUUUUAUUUUC